AUGUCGAAUAUCGCAGAGAAGGAAAGGGUCACGCUCUUGGCGUGCUCCCUGGGAGCCAUCGCCAGUAUUGGCGGCUUCAUCUUUGGUUAUAUCAGUGGACAGAUCUCCGGCUUCUUUCUCAUGGACGACUAUGCCUCCCGUUUUGGCGAGCUACAAUCUGAUGGAUCAUACACUUUCUCAGCCGCCCGCCAGGGCACCAUUGUCGGCCUCAUGAGCAUCGGCGCUCUGUUUGGCUCCCUGAUCGCCGGUAAAGUCGCAGACGUAAUCGGCCGUCGUCUCUGCAUCUCCGCCUCGGCCUUCUUCACUUGUGCAGGCACGGCCAUUGAAAUAUCCUCCCAGUCAUCGUGGGCCCAGUUCGCCAUCGGCAGGAUGAUCAGCGGUCUCAGCAUCGGCGCCCUGAGCGUGGCCGUCCCCAUGUACCAAAGCGAGAGUGUGCCGGCCGUCAUCCGUGGUGUCGUCGUCUCGUCGUACCAGCUCCUCAUCACCCUGGGCAUCUGGACCGCCGAGAUGGUGAACUGGGGCACCGAACACUACACAAACAGCACCGCAUGGAGGAUCCCCAACGGCUUGUCCUUUGCGUGGGCUCUGGUCCUCGGCGGCGGCAUCCUCUUCAUGCCCGAGAGCCCGCGCUAUGCGUACAAGAAGGGCCGGGUUGAGGAGGCGCGCAGGAACAUUGCCAAGCUGUGCGGUGUUUCCGCCGAGUCGACGAUUGUGAGCCGCCAGAUCAACGACCUCCAGGCCAAGAUCGACGAGGAGAACAAGAGCACGGCCGCCCUGAGCUACAAGGAGAUCUUCACCGCACCUCGCAUGCUGUACCGCACCACGUUGGGCGUCGUCCUGCAGGCCGGCCAGCAGCUCACGGGCGCCAACUUCUUCUUCUACUUUGGAACCACUGUGUUCGCCGCGACCGGCAUCCAGAACAGCUACACCACCCAGCUGAUUCUGGGAUCCGUCAAUGCAGCCUGCACCGUUGCUGGCAUGUGGGUCGUCAACCGCUUUGGCCGCCGAGUCGUGCUCAUGGCUGGCGCCUCCUGGAUGAUGAUGUGUUUCUUCGUGUACGCCUUUGUUGGCCACUUUGCCCUGGACCACGAGGAUCCCAUGCGCACUCCCAAGGCCGGCACCGCCCUAGUGGCCUUUUCGUGUCUGGCGAUUGCUGCCUUCGCUGUCAGCUGGGCGCCACUCGUUUGGGUCGUCAACGCUGAGCUGUACCCUCUGCGUUACCGCAGUGUCUGCCUCGGACUGUCCACUGCGUCCAACUGGUUCUGGAACUUCCUCAUCUCCUUCUUCACGCGCUUCAUCACCGACGAGAUUGACUACCUGUACGGUCUCGUCUUCGCGGGCUGCUGCGCUGCUUUGGUGUUGAUCGUGUUCUUCUUUGUCAUUGAGUCCAAGGACCGCACGCUCGAGGAGAUUGACGCCAUGUACGUGCGCAAGGUAAACCCGAUCCGCUCGAGCAAGUGGAGCUUUGACGAGAAGACCCUCGGAGACGAGACUCCAAGCCGCAAGGAGAGCGAUCCCGACACUGAGCUGAUUCAGAGGGAGAGAGCGCCCGCGGCCGGGGCCGGGGCCUCCCCCGCGCCCGCAGCUGCAGAUGCCACUGCUUGA